GAAGGCCGGACCCGCGCGAGGUCGCGCGCGCCAGGACACGCUCGCCGAGGCCCCGCCCCGCCCCAACGGGAGGCUGGACCUUGGAGGAGCGUCCGGGCUUAGUAGGAAGGAUCCAACCCGUGCCGACGUUUACCUGGGCACCUCCAACCUGGGAGUGGGCUCGGGGAGAGGGGUUGUGGGCCUCUCGGUUAGCGAGCUGUGGGUAGCGGCGGGUUAGUUAGUAUCAAGCGCACAUUUGGUAAUCGCCUCCGCCGCUUAGCUUGGGAGGAUUCGAACUGGCGCCAGGAAAUUUUAGGAAGACGUGACUUUCAAGCUAAUUAUGAAAACAUUUGUCAUUGGAAUCAGUGGUGUGACAAAUGGUGGGAAGACAACGCUGGCUAAGAAUUUGCAGAAACGCCUCCCAAAUUGCAGUGUCAUAUCUCAGGAUGAUUUCUUUAAGCCACAGUCUGAGAUAGAGACAGACAAAAAUGGAUUUUUGCAGUAUGAUGUGCUUGAAGCGCUUAACAUGGAAGAAAUGAUGUCAGCCAUUUCCUGCUGGGUGGAAAGCCCAAGACACUCUCCGCUGUCAACAGACUUGGAAAGUGCUGAGGAAAUUCCCAUCUUAAUCAUUGAAGGUUUCCUUCUCUUUAAUUAUAAGCCCCUCGACACUAUUUGGAAUAGAAGCUACUUUCUGACGGUUCCCUAUGAAGAAUGCAAAAGAAGGAGGAGUACAAGGGUCUAUGAGCCACCAGACCCUCCAGGGUACUUCGAUGGCCAUGUGUGGCCCAUGUAUCUGAAGCACAGAAGAGAAAUCGAGGACAUCACAUGGGAAAUUGACUGGCUCUCCUCGUGUCUGUUCUCUCUGCAUGGCUCUUGUCAGAAAAGUCGUCAACUUCUGGACAGUCAUUCAUUCAACAAUUUACCUAGAUGGAACCAAAUCGGAAGAGGACCUCUUUUCACAAGUGUAUGAAGAUCUAAUACACGAACUUGGAAAGCAAAAGGUCCCAGGGUGGUGCAAACUACUAAUGUAUUCAGCUGCUAACUGAAGGUUGGAGGUUCCUGUCCAGACAGUGCCUCAGAAGGAAGGCCUGGUGAUCCACUUCCGAAAAAUCAGCCAUUGAAAACCCUAUGGAGCACAGUUCUACGUUGACACACAUGGUGUCAUCAUAAGUUAGAAUCAACUCAUCAGCAACUGGUUUCAUGUUUGGUUAUUUUCAUGUCAUUAUUAGAGUAUAUUAAUUGUAAAAAAAGAAAAAAGUUAAAGCAAAAUGGAGAAAAUAUAAACCACCUGUAUUACCACUAGUCAGCAAUGUUAGCACUUUAAUGAGUCCACAUUCCAGUCUUCUUGCUGUCCACGUCAUAGUCUCCCUUUUAUAAGACUUUGCCAGGCCGCUAGUUAAUCAGCCUCACUAGUUAAUCAGCCGUACUUGCUCCUGUUUUUAAAUCAGCGUUUCGUAUUUAAGCAGUUUCUUUAAAUUUCUUUGUAUAAUGAAACAGUAAAACUCAGCUUCUCUUCUAGUUAAAAUAUCCAAAACUGAAUUCUGUCUUGCACAUUGAAAGUAAAAUAUAAGUCAUGACAUUGACAUCGUAGUGCAGAAGAAAGAUAUCACAUUUCUAGUUUCAAAUCAAAGGAAUUAAGAAAUCACAAAGUAAAAAUUUGAUAACGAAAUGUUUGUAUUUUCCUACAUUUAAUUUAAAAUAUAAUUUCUGAUUAUAAGGUAAUAGUCUAAAUUCCUGAUAGAAUAUUCCAAAUGAACAUAGGAUUAUUUAACGAUUUGUCUAUUGUUGAAUAUUUAGUGUUCUUACAGGUUUUUCACGUUGAGAAAUAACAUGCUGUAAAAAAAAAUCUACCGGUAUUACUGGUUUUCUUCUUUAUGAUGUAUAUCUCUGAGAUAAAUUCUUAGGAGUAUCACUUACUUGGCCAAAGGAUAUAGCCACUUUUACAUUUUACAUAGUUCAAGGAUUAAAUACUAUUUUAAAAAAUGUAUGUCUCUAACAGGACCUACUGUGUAAUAAGAGUGUUGUAGUUUAUCAUUGAGUUUCUAAGCCAAAGGCACCAAGUAUUGGGUUAAGUACUUCACUGGGUUAAGUAAACAAAUUAAAGGUAAUAUUAUUUCUUCCCCUUAAUCAAGGAUAGCACUACAAAACAAGAAUUACACUAUAGCCCGCUACCCUUUGUGAUACUCUGUCUUUGUGGUACUAUUUUAUUCCCUGAAUUCAAGGAUUAUCAUACCUGAGUUGCAAAUGAUAUUGGAUAUACGAUAUCUUAAGAUGUACUUAAAUUUAAUAUAAGGAAUAACAGGACAGGACUUGGACUUGAUUUGAUUCUUUCAGGAAAACCAGCAUCUUUGACUCCAGAAUCCCUGUAAUCCUAACGUCCUUAAAUUACCGCUGUUGAUGUGAAAAUUUAAUGAAACGAGAAUUGGAAUUCUCUAUUAAUUUCUAUUUCUAUUUAUUCCCAAGUUUUGCAGGUAACACAUAAAGAUGGGACACACUGAAUUCUUCUGGGUAAAUUAGGAAACUCGAGGAAAUAUAUUAAAGAACCUUACCUGGAUAUGACAGCUGUUUGUUUGCUUUUAACCAUACAUGGUUAUUCUCCAAUGUUUGGAAUGGUAAAUAGUGAGCUAUCCAUGCCAGUGGACAGGAAUUUACCUUAAUGAGUUCUCAUUCCAGGGAGCACCUAGAUAUGGCACAGCUCACCAUCGGUGAGUCAGUCCUCAGUUUCAGUGGUUUUCAAGCUUUUCUGACUGGGACCCAGAGUAAGGAAUAAAGCUUACAUCAAAUCCAGUAUAUAUACCCAAUACGCUGUGUGUAUAUGUGUAUGUCCCAGUGUGUAUACUGCAUGUGUAUUUGUAUGUGUAUACACGGGCAUAUGUACAUACAUACAUACAGAUCAAGUGUCACAAAACAUUUACCAUAUCAGUUAACAACCCAUGGUUUAGAAAAUGCUGCUCUAUCCCCUCCCCAUACCAAAGCCCACCACCUGCAGAUAAUGGCAUGACUGAAGUAGCAAUCAGAUUCAAUAAAUCAGCACU